GAACCCAUCUACAUUCUCACAAAACACUUCAUCAUCAAGUCAACUUCAAGAUGAUCAUCACAACUGAACAUCAAAAAAUCUCACCAUUCUUAAACUUACCAAUCGAAAUUCUUGCUCGAAUAAUCAACUACCUUGAAAAAAUUUCAUUAAAAGAAGUCGAUGAACUUCAUCAACUCAAGUUUGCUAGAGCUACUAGAACUCGUCAAUUUCUCAAUGGAAGAUUUCGACAUUAUUAUUCAGCUUUAAAUGAUUCUGAACCUAUCUUGACUAGUCUUCAAUCGUUGGCUUGUGUUAAUCGAUCUAUGGAGAAACUUUGUCGUACUUGGUUAUGGAAGACAAUCAAAUUUCCAUCUUCACUUCCUGUACCAAUCGAUACUUGGACCGAAGGAAUCUUACCAAAGUACGGGGAAUCAGUUCAAUCUCUUUCGAUUUAUCUUUCUGUACAUUGUCUCAUGAGUCCUUCAAAAGUUUCAAAAUCAACCCUUUACGAUAAUACUAUUCGUUGUCCAAAUGAUUGUGAUAAACCUACAAUCAAAGACAUCAAAUCAAGAAUCGCUAAGCUCAAUCCGGUGAGCGUGAUUAGAAUUAUAAUGCAAUGUCCGAAUCUUCAAAUACUCGCUAUCAACCUACCAGACAAACCUACACCUUAUCAACCAGAAGAUGUAAAACGUCUUGAAAACCUUUUGAUUCCAUUAGUGAUCAGAUUACCUCAUCUUAAACGAUUGAAUAUCAUGAGUUCAUCUGAUGUUUCUUAUCGAGAAGAGAUUGCAAGUUCACUUGUCUCCAAAAUUCCUACUUUACAAUCGUUUUCUUUUUUAGGUAGACCUGGGAAUCCGAUCCCAAGUUCAUCAGCUCUUAGAGCACCUGAGUCAUUAUCUUAUCAACUUUCUAAACUUGAACAUUUAAACGAACUUGAACUAGCUUUACCACAUUUUGUCGACUCAAGAUGGAUUUCACACACUUGGCCGACUAAACUCGUGGAUUUGAAAUUGAUUUUAUGCGAAAAUUUAUCAUUAAACGAUUUAUAUAAAUUUAUUAAAUUCUUUGCUCCUACACUUGAAUGUCUUAGUAUUGCUGUUGGACUUAGACAUCUAGAUAACUUAAUGCACAUGAAUCAAGAUGGAUUCGAAACAGAUAGUGACGGAGAAGAUGAUAUAUUUAAUUCAGAAAAUGAUGAAGGAAUUCAUUUGAAUGAUCAAUAUCUCAAUCAUGGAUCAAGUUGGGCCGAAAACCAUCGAUUAGAUUUACCAAGACUAACUCAAUUAACUUUAUUUGAUGCAAAACCUUAUGGAUUACUUAAAUCAUUUCAAGAUUGUAAGGACAUCACUUGGUUAGUUUGUUGUCAACCUGAUUGGACUUUAAUUGAAAAACUUGUCAACUCGAGAACUUGGCCAUGUUUAAGGUUUCUUGGACUUGAAACUAAAGAUGUUUUAUUUUCAAGAUAUUCUGAACGUAAUGAACCAACUAUGGCUUCUGAACAACAAGCUUUAUUUGCUGAUUCUUGUCGUAAAGCUGGUAUUCAAUUAAAAGUCAUGCAAAACUUUAAAAUGAAGUAAAUCUAGUCGAUUGUUGUUUUUUGAAAAGAUAGUAGGUAUGAAAGAAUGAAUUAAUGUAGUUGAUUUUUUUAGUAUUUUUUUGAUGUUUUCUAAAGACUGCUACUCGAAAAUCUGUACCUAUGGUAUCAAUGUAUAUUUUGUUGAUUUGGUGUUUUCAAUUUUGGGACCUUAUGAUUUGAGGAAAUGCAGAAUGAUGAUUUGUGUCAU